ACGUUGCUGAAAUCUCACAGGUGUUGGAGAGAGGUUGACUCGGCGCAGUCCACUCAGACCUGUUUCGGCUAAUCGGCUAAAACAUUACAUCUAAUCAAGUUUGAACUCUUUUUAUUUAUUUAUUUUUUUCUGAAGACUAGUUACUCCGUCUAUAGCAGCGACAACUUUAACCUUUUUCACUAUUUUCACGCAGUUUUUUAUUGUUGUUGAGGGAAUAAUGUCUAGUCGUGUCGAUUUUUCUCCAUUAGCUAUCAGAGAUAUCAGAGAUAAGAUAACCACACUGCAGUAAGCUAACGCGCGAGGGGGGGAACAAAGUCCACAGGAGGUGAGCGCGCGCUUCCCGCGCUCUGCGAGUGAGCGGCUUUCGCCCGCUCGCGCGCGCACAGUUACUAACGGUCGCUGCUGGGAAUGUGUGUCGCUGACAACGACUGGAAAAUUCAGUUUCUCGGUUAGGAUCAUCAUCUUCAUCAUCACGAAAGAGAGAGAGAGAGCGGAAACGGACAUCUUCAGACGUUAUGGAUUUUUAACAUUGCCCAUGAAAAGCCGGGAUCUGUCUCUAAAUCAAGACAUUUUCAUAAUCUCCUAAGACAUCAAAGACUUUUUGCUCAGCCAAAACUCACAAAAACGAACACAGAGAGCCAUUUUCUGGACAAGAGAAUUCCAAAGCAUUGGUUUUACUUCAUUCUCAUGCAGCAUUGAAAUUCCCACGUCCUAAAGUGAGCUCUUGAUAUAUCUACAGAGAAAAAGUAUUCCUGCUUUUGCAAACGUAUUAUUUUGUGACUACACAACCUGAAAUGCACUCAGUUUGAUAGUUGUUGUGUGUCAGUUACUGCUAACGAGGCUCUUUUCUGAGCUGUGAGACAACAUUCUUACUGAUCUGUGAUUAAAGAGAGCCUUCAAGAGACUUGUGUGUCCGAGAAGAAGCUGUACAUAACAACAAAGCUUACAACAGGGUGAAUCAAAGAAAGGAAAAACAAGUCAACUUCUUUACAAGUCAACAAAAUUUGUAUAAUACAACCACUACAGUAAUUGUUGUGGUCAUAGUAUUGCAGUAAAUCCACUAUAGUAAUUGAUCCAGAGCUCACUUGUAUUUUGUCCUCUUUUUUCCUGCCACUCCCUCAUAUUUGCAACUGUCACUCUUCAGUCUCUCUUACUCUCCUCCCCAUAAUCCCUCAGCACCAUUUCCUCUCUGUAUGCUCCACACUCUUCUCAGUCUGUUCACCUCAUCCAUAAAUUCAUCCAUUAUUCUUGUCCCCAUUGCUCUUAACCUUCCUUAGACAUUUUUGCUGCUGGCUUUAGUUUUUAUACAUAGAAAAAAACCCAUAAUCCCCUUUUUCAUACUGCCAGUGUGUGUAUUUCUGCACCACACCAUCCACACUGGCGGGCACCAUUCCGCCCAAAGGAGAGGAGGACUUUCUCGCGCUGGCUGCCUCCCGGCUCAGCCGCCGCAAGCGCGUCAUAGGGGCGGCAGUGGGUGUGGCCAUGGUCCUUAUUCUCUUGGUCGCCAUACCUCUGUUGGUCCACAGCACCAAAGGGGGUGGAGCUGGAAGUGCAGGAAGUCAUUAUGAAAUGCUUGGCAGUUGUCGCAUGGUCUGUGACCCCUACACCCCAUCGCAACAUGGCCAGGAAUUGACAUCUGUCUCACCACGGCCUCCUGAGAUCACAAGCCGAAGAGGGAAGUCUGGAUACAGAGGGCCUCCAGGACCCCCAGGUCCACAAGGACCCCCUGGAGAGCCAGGAAAGCCUGGUCCACAAGGACCCCCAGGACCUGGCCCAAAUGGUUAUGUGCCCUCCAUCUACACGCCGAAGAUUGCUUUCUAUGCAGGCCUGCGGAAGCAGCACGAAGGCAGCGAAGUGCUCAAGUUCGAUGAUGUGGUCACCAAUGUGGGCAACUACUAUGAACCCACUACUGGCAAGUUCACUUGUCCCCUCCCUGGCAUCUACUACUUCACCUACCACGUUCUCAUGAGAGGGGGAGACGGAACCAGCAUGUGGGCAGACCUAAAGAAAAAUGGACAGGUGAGGGCCAGCGCCAUCGCCCAGGAUGCAGACCAGAAUUAUGACUAUGCCUCUAACAGUGUGAUCCUGCAUUUGGAUGUAGGAGACGAGGUGUGCGUGCAGCUAGACGGGGGGAAAGUCCAUGGGGGAAACACCAACAAAUACAGCACCUUCUCCGGGUUCCUCAUCUACCCUGACUGACUAUCCAUCAGCCCUGCCGCUCCUUCACCUCACAAUGCUGCUCAACACACAGACACAGACACAGACACACGCACACUAAACAGACCUGAAAGGAGGGACAUACACAUCGUUUGAUGCUGAGAGCAGAAGGGCUUCACUGACAUGAUAUCAUGAGCGAAGUGUUGCUUUCAUUAAACAGGUUCUUUUCUGACAUGUUGUUUGUACGUGUAUGCAAAUGAUGGUAAUAUGCUCUACUUAUAUGAAUGCAAAUUUCCAAAAAAAAAAAAAUGUGUAUAAUAGAUAUUGCAUAUAGAAAUAUAUCUACUGGAGUGUUAUCCUCCCUCAGCACUUGCAGCAUUAGGUGUAAAUGUGUUGAUGUUAUACAAGUCGCAUUAUUUUCGCGUGUCUCAUUUCAGUAUUUUCUUCACAUGGCAAUGAACACACAUUCCUGAAGUUGGACAAAGCCGUUAUACACACGGCUUGGUGGAAAAGAUUUCCAUGGUCUUGUUUUCACUAACAAGAGGACUGAUUGGAUAGCGUGGCGUAACGGGAAUUCAAUACAAUGACAUAUGUAUGCGCGCACACACCACCACUGUGGGCUUGUGAUUAAUCUAAGUUCCCUGGUUCAAUUAAUUUGACUUAAAGUGACUGCUUUGGCUGUCAGUGUGGAAUUGGAGAUAUGGCCUGUGUGCAUGGACGUGCAGGGUGUGUAUGUGUGUGUGUGUGUGUUCAAACACACAAAGCCUGAGCUGUGUGAACAUGGAUUUUCAAUGUGUCUAAGCACCCUGCCCCAGAAUGAACCAUUAAUAUACCAGCUUAGGGUAGUAAUAUUGUAUUUCCAGCUUGACUAAUGAUAAAAUUUGACCAAAAAAGCAUAAUCGUAAGAUUCUGUCCAAGACGUGUUUUUUUUUUUUUUUUUUUUUUUUUUUGGCCUUACGUAAGCUAACAGUGAUAAAGUGCAUUGAUCUAAAAUUAAAUGAAAUGGCUGAAAGUAUCUGUUCAUGCUUCAUUAAGCUCUUGUCAUGUGAUGAUUGAAAAGGUAAUGACUGGUAAAUCAAUAAGCAAAUAAAAACUGAAAAAAAAAAGACAUGCCCAACAUUAGCAGCAAUUUGUAAUUUGUUAAUCCUAAUUUUGAAAGAGUAAUAUAAUUACAUUUUCCAACAUAAAUUGUGCCAGUGUAAAAAAUAUUCGAUAUCAAUAAUUACUAUUAAUGGAUUUUUGAAUUCUCUGAUUAUAUUGUAUUUUAUGUAUUCGUAAAAUUAAAUCAGGGCCAGAUAAAGGGACCUUUCUGCAAAUUAAGUAUUUAAAUUAUUUGUUUUAUUAUUUGUAUUAUUUAUUUUUUAACAAUUAACAUUUAGGGCAGUCCUGAGUCUGUGUGUGUGUGUGUGUGUGUGACAGUAUGUUUCUGUUGUAGCAGAAAUGAUGAUAAAGAUUCUAUGCAUCAUACAGUGUUCCUGUAAUUCUACUAAACUGUGUAAUUUUACAUUACAGAUCAGAAAAGGUGGAUUCUGGAAAUCUUAUAGUAAUUCUGUGCACAGUGGGAUUUGGCAGGAGUCAAGUGCAAAUAUAAAGAAAUUCAAAUACACAUCCAUACAUCCAUAAAACAAGCUCCAUUUCUUCUCAUAAAACAACUCUAAUAAAGAAUGUGUAACUAGCCCUGACUCUUUUCUUCCCUUUGUACAGAAAAUAAUAUGUCAAAGAAAAAGAAAUCUGAUUGGUCAUAAGGUGCUGAAUAAUUUUGUAUAACUGACAGCGCCACCUAUACUUUUAUAUUUAAUAUACGUUUAUAUUAAUGCACUCCUUCUGAUAUGUUAUUGGUUCUAUAGUAAAAAACUUCACAGGGACUUGUACAAUGAACACUCCAUGAUCUGAGGCUAAUACAGGACACAAAAUACGGACACAAAAUGUGUUGUUACUUAAUAAAGAAAGCGUAUUGAUAUGGAAAUAUAUGAGCAAGGACUCUUGAGUGUCAGUGUUUUGUAAGUCAGUAAGUUUUCCACCACGGGAAGGUCUUCACAACAGUGGGGUUUGCACUUUCCGGUUUCUUUGUAACAUUCAAACUGCGUUUUCUGACUUAUUAACUUUAAGAGGGAAAAAAGAGAAGCUUGUGACUGUUUAAUGCCAUAACAUAAGUAACAACAGGAAGUAACUUGCAUCAUUGAUGUCCCAUGGCAUUAAAUGUAAAUAUAAAACAGUUUUUUAAAAAAUUUAUUUAUUUUUAAUAAAUUAAAAAUUGUAAAGAUUAGCAAGUUGCUGUGGUAUAAGAGGAGUAAAACAAUUUUGGGGUGGUAACAGUAACCCCACUAUUAAACAUUACACAUCUCAACACCCCAUCCUUGCUCAUUUUCCUACAGCAGCAUUCUCCCAAGUGUUUUAUUCAUUGUAUAACCUAUAUACACACAUACACAUAUUUGUGUUAAUAUUAGGAACUGAACUUCAGUAGGGCUGUAUACAUCCGUCAGUACCUCAUAAUGACCUUAUGAAGAAAACCAGUGUCACUGUUUUUUUUUUUUAAAUUAGACUCCCUAAAAACAGCAGACAGCAGCGGAAACUUUGCCACUACCUGUGACAGUGUUAAAAAGAAGGGAGAAAUCUUUAAUUAAGAGCGAGCGGUAAUGACAUUCUGAACUUGCAGCCUGUGGGGGAUCGCAGUGUGUGUGUGGAGCCAGCCUCCCCGCUCUCUCCUGCUAGUCUACAGUUGAAAGUUAAUUGGACCGGGAGAGGUCUGAGACGGUCUGCGCCGAGGCCCAUUAGCGAUUCCCCUGUCGAAUGCAGAGCCACGAGGAUCACAGACUCACAAAUAGGAGGAUUAAAAUAAUCAAUACACUUCACUUACCUCCAACGCCUUCACACAUGCGCACGGCUGCCCAAAGCUGCAUGCAGACACACACACCCCCGCCCAACUGAAUUCAGUAAUUAGUAGAGGAUCUAUUCACCAUUGGUAUGAUACCUGGCGCCUUACCUUCACCCACACAAAUAGCAUUAGCCGUGCUAUCUAAUGAGGGGGCAUAGUUUUGACUGGCUGUGUGGAGAUGAGGAAAAGGUCAGCGAGCUGUUGAGGGGCUGCUCUCGCCACACAAUGCAUCACACGAUCUAGAGCUGAUAUUUCAGUUGUGGCAUACACCCAAACAAACCCUCACUAUAAUCUUAUUUUUUACUACCAAAAGUUGAAAGCACGAUAGCAAGACUGUUCAUACAGAUUUAUUGCUCACACAAAUUUUACCCACAGAUUUGCUCCUUAUACUUGCUCUGAUUAUUAGGGAAUCAACACUGCAAAG